UUGUAAAGCUGAAAGGAUCUAAAAAAUAAUGCAUUGUUAAUCGAAAUUAAUUAACAAUGCUACACAGAACAUCGUCAUCCCGGCGCCGGAGAGCAUCAAGAAGUGCGGCAACAUCGCCUCAGACCAGAUCUCCGAGACCUUCUGCACAGACGUCGAGACGCGCCUCAUUAGCAACUACAGAAACAGACGAUGAACUAGAACCUCCACCACAACGCAGCCCAAGAGCGAGUCUUGCUCCAGAUGCAGCUCUGGACUAUCAAAGGAGUCCUCGUCAUUCCCUCGUUCCAGAGACACGGUCAGCUAGAAACUCUAUCACUCCAGAAACAACACUUGUAAGAAACACACUCACACCCUCAAGGAACAAUCUUGGCGUCGAACAGGCCUACGGAUCUCGGCUGAGCUUAAACCCACAAGACUUUAAUCGCUCUCCACGCAACAGUAUCAUUCCAGACGCAUCUGCAAGAACACCACGGCGAAGUUUAAUCCCAGAAGGAACAUCAUGGAACCAGCCUAGAAACUCUUUAGUGCCAGACGUCGGUAGAAGUCCUAGACAUUCGGUUGCAAGCAUACAAAUUGACCCUGCAAGAAACCAAAAGAACCUGGGUCCAAGUCCUCGCACAAGUCCUCGAGGCAGUGUAGCACCAGAUGCGUUAAAAAAAGACUUCGCCGAAUUGAAUAGGGCUCCUAGAAGUACAUUGAUACCUGAAUCUCAAAGGAGUCCAAGGGGCAGCAUUGCCCCAUCUGAAAGAAGUGGCCGAGGCAGUUUAGUCACUGGAGAUAUAGACGCGUCAAGAUUAAGCCCCAGGGGAAGUUUGACGUUAACUUUUCAAGAACCAUUAGUUUCGAGGGAAAGGAGAGCAAGUGAUGAAAGCCAAACACCUGGUGGCAGAGGCCGUGUCUCCCCGUAUCGGUCGUCUUUGGGAGGUCGUCCCGGCCUAUCAGAUACAGGAUCACGCAGAGCGUCCAGUUCUGUGAGCCAAGUGUCAGGUGAUGAGCAACGAAGGCUGUGCGGCGAACAGACCAAAUAUAAUGACCGCACGGGUCUGGGUUUGGGUGUGGGUUUGACUACAUAUGGUUCAGUAGCGUAUCAGCUAAAAGAUGCUAAUAUGGAAGCAACGGGCACGAUAGAUUUUGUCUGCCGAGCUGCUAAAAUUAUGAAUAGAACGAUUGUUAUGACAGUAUUUUUAGCUGUCCUGUCAACUCUCCCAGUGAUUAUGAUGAUUAUGGGCGUUCAAUACAUCCGGGACUGUCCGGCGCAGCCUCGUCUACCUGUCUAUAUGGUGGUGGGAGGUGCAGCAGGGGGUGCUGGUAUUUGUUGGUUAUUGUGGGCACAGCUGGCUAGCCGCAACUCUAACUCUUCAGCAUCGGUGCCGGAGAAAAUACUGGCCUAUUCACUCACUGCGUUUCUUAUGGGAUGGUUCGCGUUUGGCAAUUACUGGACCCUGGGUAUCAUGUGGCCAGACUACGCACCGAGCCUCUUCGACCCAAACAAGUGGUGCCACCGUACUCUCUAUGUAUUUGCUUUAACUCAACUUGGGGUCAUGUGGGGCGUUCUGGCUUUGAUGACACUAUUGCUAUUAUCCCUUGUUGUCUGCCAGGUCUUCGGCUGUGGCUGGCUGGGCCCCCCUCGCUACAAGUAGCAACGGCGCAGCGUCGUGCUCGAGUUAUGGCACAGAAACAUCAACAACACUAUGGACGUGGCUGGAGCGCUGCUGCCCUUCACUCAAGUCGUCCGCCCAGAGCUCACCAUCCAUGUCCAGGAAGUGCUUACUCAAGCAGACGGAGAUAAACCGAAAAUAGAGAUCAAUGAACCCGAAGAGGAUAGGAGUCCAAAGGGUCCAGCUUGAUGGUUAUUCGCCGUGCUUCCGAAGAAGCACGUACAUUUUGAGACUUCGGACAUUAUUUACUACUUUUGACUAGUAAAAUUUUGAGAACUUGAACUUUACUUUAGUGUAUAGGUUAUAUGGCAAGAACUACUGUUAGUAGGUAUCAGAAAAGCGUAAGAAAAUUAUAACACGAAAAUUAUGAAUAUUCGAUACGCAUUUCACAGCAGUAAUAUGAUGAAUUUAUACAGUUUGUCAUCGUUUUAUUUAGCUUCACAAAUAAAUAAUAAACUAACAAUCGAGUGUUUAAUGUAAAGUGAAAUAAUUUGUCCGCUAACGUAAAUCAACGAGACUUUAGUGAUUCAGGCAAAAUUUCGAUAAAAUGGGAAUUAUUAAUAAAUUGGUGAAAUUAUUAGUAUUGUAAUUCUUAAACAAAAACAGAUAUUUGAAAUAUAUUUUCUUUAAAAAAACACAACGAAACUUUAGUAUAUCAUAUACUAAAUUAGUUUUAAUAUUGCUUAAAGCAACUGUAAAUAUGAAAGAUUAUUUAAAAAAAUCAUGAUUAUACGUAUUAAUUUAGAUUAAUGUAGUAUCGAUGCACUAUUACUAAUAUUUUUGGUGUCUAUUUUAAAAUGGGUGUUAUUUUUAUUUAUUAAGCUCAGGUUCAAGGUUCACUAUAUAAAAUAUAAAACAAUCAGAUCGUACAUCUGCAGUCUAAAUAAAAAAAGAACUUUAUUGACACAAGUUAAGAAACUUUCAUAGCAAUUUUGAACCUGUUUUAUCAUCUAAAAUGCAUGGAUCAGGCUUUAAACUUUAAACUUUGUGGAGACCUUUGUAUUUUUUAUAUGUGGUAAAUGUUAGCAAAUAUAUUUACGCUUAUAGAUGCGAAAACUAUUUACUAUAAAUGAUAGAUAUAUGAUUACAUUUAUUUAUAGCAGUUUAUAUUACUAAAAAAAAUCAAACUUCUAUUGUACAUUAUUAAUUAAACUAAAAUAACACCGAAAUGAAUAAACCGUUUAUAAGCCUAACAUAUCUUUAUACAAUGUAACACAAUAUUCUUAUGUUCGUGUACCGUGAAAUGAUUACCUGUGUAGCAAUUUUCCUGAUAGAAAAUCGAUCGACAAGCGACAUUGUAAAAAAUAAUAUCUAUUAACUGGAGCGACGUUUGUUAAAGCGAUCGAAGGAGUAGAACACACUAUUCGUAAUAACAUUUUACUAUAUAAGCAUUUACAACAUAUCAAAAUUAAAUAUAUCUUUCGGAUCAUUCAAAUAUCUAAACUUGACUAACAGUUAUUGCUAAUUUAUCCUGAUAUACGCGUUUAUUUUAAACAUUCACAAAAUUAUAAGUCAAAAGUCAAAAUCAUUUAUUCAUAAAGGUAACAUAAUGUACACUUAUGAAUUCAAAAAAAAAUAU